AUGCACCGGGAGUCGGAGCGGGGGAGCAGCAGCAGCAGCUACCGGGGCGGGGGGGGCCCCCCGCCUCCGCCGGUGAACGGGCGCGGGGGGGGCGGCGGCGGGUCCUGGCGGGGCCCCCCGGCCGGCGGGGAGGGCGGGGGCCCCCCCCCGCCUCCGUGUCCGCCUCGGGAGGGUUACCGGGAGCGGGAGCGGGAUCGGGAUCGGGAUCGGGAGGGUUACCGGGAGCGGGAGCGUUACUACCGGCGGGAGCGCCCCCCGCCGGGUCGCUACUACGAGUCCCGGGAGCGGGAGCGGGAGCGGGAGCGGGAGCGGGAGGCGUUCGGGCCGGCGCGCGCCGCGCGGGAGGGCUUGGGCGCUCCGUUGGAGAGGGUUUAUGAAGGUUGGAGAGGGUUUAUGAAGGUUGGAGAGGGCACUUCGGAGUUCCUGCGGAUAGUGCAGGUGGUGGAGACCGCCAAAAUUACGAGCCCGUCGGACUUCGAGGAGAUCUUCGAAGACGUCGCGGAGGGCUGCGGGCCGGAGCUGGUGGGGGGCGCGAUGGUGACCCCCGAGAACCGCGGCAGCAGCCCCUACCUGAUCUGCGACGUGCUGCUGCAGUUCGCUUCUGCUGCUGCAUGCGACAGCAGCCUGCAGCAGCUCGCUGGCCGCCGCUACGAGGGCAAGCCCAUCCACGCCAUCCGCAUCGACCCCGACGAGGCCGAGACUUUCGUCCUGCCCAUCCUCCGCAAGCGCCGCGAGAAGCUGCAGCAGCGCGCCCCGCCCGCCUGA